GGUCAGGUAUCUAUUUUUUCUAGGUCGUAAAAUACCGUAAAGCUUUCGCCGGAUAAUUAAAUUCUUCAGUUAAUCUUCAACAACACCUGAGAUUCAAAAAUGCCUCGUGGUGGCUCCGGAAGAUCUGGUGGGUAUCGUCCUCCUCGCUCUACAUCUGUACGAAGCCCUCCUCCUCAAACUGUUAAAAGUGCUCCUCCUCCAGCAACAGCUAAGCCUAAUGGUGGUGUUGGUAUCUUUGGCAGUCUUGGCUCAACCAUAGCUGAUGGUGUGGCUUGGGGUACUGGAAACGCAUUUGGACACAGGAUUGCUGAAUCUGUGUUCGGCCCACGAACCAUUAAGGUCGAAACCGUUGCUUCUCAGGCUGCUGCCCCUGCUUCCCCUGUUGCCAAUAGCAUGAGUGCUUGUGACAUCCAGUCUAAGGCUUUCCAAGAUUGCGUCAACAACUUUGGAAGCGACAUCAGUAAGUGCCAGUACUACAUGGACAUGCUGAGUGAAUGCAAGAAGAAUUCUGGUUCCAUGAUUUCUGCAUAAGUGUGUUUCCGCAUCAACUAGUCGAGAAGUCUGCGCUAAGAUCAGUUCUGGUGUCUUUAAUAUUUAGUAGUUGAAGUCUCUGAUGGUUUUCCUUUUCUUGUUGAAAGAUUUGGGAUCUGUUAUGUGUUUUUUUUUAACUGGUUGUAUGGGAUCGUUUAUGUUAAUGAUGAAAAAUGCAAUGGAAAACUAUAUUCUAAUUGCUGAAACCUACUUAUUGGAGUUUGUUUGUGUCAUUCAUUCUCCAGCUUUGUUUCAAGACUGUGUUUCUUAUCUUUA